AUGUCAAGUCGACGUUGGUCUUUGCCCGAUUUCGCCACCUUCUUUUUAGACAAAUGUGACAACAUCAGGACAAAGACCACUAGUGACAUUUGUAUUGGAGGUCUCAUUACCCUCAUUGGUUUGGGUAUGGGCCUUCAAUUUCCAGAGUCUGAAUACGUACCAGUGGAUGAUCCACCUCCCUACCUUCUUGAUUGCAUAAAUCUUAUCUGGAUGGAAUUACUGCUACUUCAUCCUACUCUUCCUGGACAUUACUCUUGGCUCAACCAUGUCAACGACCCAGUUUACAUCUUGCCUAAUCCAAGUAUCUCCGCCUUCACCACCAAUGUCCCCGAAACAUGUAGACGAUGA